AAUAAUAAUUAUAAUAAUAAUUAUUAUUAUAAUAAUUACAACAUAAAUUAUAUUGAGAACAAAAUAUCUUAUAUUUAAAUCGAAGGAAAAUCGUUAAAAUUCGAGUGUAACAUGGAAGAUUCAAACGGAGGGCAUUUAAGUCAUUUAGUAGUCGACAGCAAUGAAUGUUUGGAAUUUAAAUUAAUACGUAAUGUUGAUGAUUUGGAAGAUGAUAAAACUUCAUUUAAACCAGAAAUGUCUCACCAAGUAUUCGGAGACAGCGAGACGAUAUUUGGUUAUCAAGACUUAAAAGUGAAACUUUAUUACUCAGCUGGUUCGUUAGAAACUUAUUUAGGCAUGACGUAUUCGGAAAAAGUAAAUAAACUUACUUAUGACGUCGAAGCUGAUGAAGUAUUGCCAAAAAUUGCGUGUAAACUAGCACCUAAAAUUCAUAGUAAUUUAGAUACCUUUGUUGAAUCUCUUAAAAAGGAUAAAACAUUUAGACCAUACGGAGAAUUAAUUUAUUCCUUUUCGGUAAAUGAUAGAGGUAAUGCAAGACAAUUCGAAAUUUAUAAAGCGGAUAUGUCGUGUAAAGGUUUUAAAGAAUAUCACGAACGUCUACAAACAUUUGUUUUGUGGUAUAUUGAUGCUGCUAAUUUUAUAGAUAUUGAUGAUGAUCAAUGGGAUUAUUUUAAUAUGUUUGAAAAAUAUAAAACAGUAUCUGGAAAUACUCAAUAUGGAACAAUUGGUUUUGCUACUGUUUAUCAAUAUUAUGCAUAUCCAAAUCAUACUAGACCACGUAUUGCACAGGUAUUAAUUUUACCUUUGUUCCAAAAUUUGGGUCUUGGUACUCAUUUACUACGUGGUAUUUAUACUCAAUAUAUUUCUAAAAGUAACGUCAAAGAUAUAACAGUGGAAGAUCCUUCUAUUGAUUUUCAACGAAUAAGGGAUUAUGUAGACGCAAUUAAUUGUCAUAAAUUACCUAGUUUUUCACGAAAAAAUUUACUUCAAGGUUUUAGCAAGAAUAUGGUUACUGAAGCUAGAGAACAAUAUAAGAUUAAUAAGAAACAAACACGCAGAGUUUACGAGAUAUUACGUUUAUUAAUAACAGAUACUUCCAAUGAACAAGAAUAUCGUGAUUAUAGAUUAAUUGUGAAAAAAAGACUGAAUGUUCCCUACAAACGCGAACAAAAUGAUGUUAAAAAAUUAGAGUUAGCUUUGAAAAGUUUAAACAAACGUUCCAAUAUUGCAUUACCUCCGACGGAACAACGUAUAAAAAUACUCGAUAAAUUGUAUGGCAUUUUAGAGGAAGAUUAUAAAAAGGUCGUUAAACGUUUGGAAGAAGAAGCUGGAUUAAGGAUAUGAUUAAAAUACUGUUUCGUAUUAUAUAAGAACAUUUUUUACAACGUUACAAAAUAGAUAUUCUUGGAAAAUAAUGUCUAUUUACAAAAUACGAUGCGUGUUGUGUGUGUGUGUGUGUGCGCGCGCAUUUUCUUUUUUUUAU